CGUCGCCUGAGGCCACAGCGCUCUUCAUAAGGCUAACGGUGUCUGUCCCAUGCAAGUAGAAAGCUCAAUGAGAAUCCACGCAAGCGAGAGCAGUGAGCAUAUCCAUCUUGGACUCAGCUCGGACAUGUUUCAAACACUUGGUCGACACUCUCCUCCUCCUUCACUCCCUCUCUGUCCCCAACCCCAACUCUCUCUCAAACCCACUCUGUUUCCCCCUCAAACCACCGUCCACAUAAGCUCGCUGGGUCGUUCCCGUAAAGCUCGCUCCAUAGCUAACUCGCUCCCCGGCGCCGAUACCACCACUGGCCCGGGACACGACGACAGAUGGUCUCUUCGAGGAAUGACCGCCCUCGUGACCGGCGGGACUCGCGGUAUUGGGAAUGCGGUUGUGACGGAACUGGUGGGCUUUGGGGCGAGAGUGCACACUUGUUCUCGAGACGGGGAUGAGCUCGAGAGACGCUUGGAAGAGUGGGUCGACGGUGGGUAUGAAGUUACUGGGUCGGUUCGCGAUGUGUCCGUCAGGGAAGAGAGGGAGAAACUGAUGGGCACGGUCUCUUCUGUGUUUGACGGGAAGCUCAACAUUCUUAUGCUGAGAUUCACUGAAUUAUCAAGAUUUGGCGAUGCCACUGAAAAUAUUGAAGUUUGUGCUCUUGAUGGAGGUUUACAGGUAAACAAUGUGGGCACCAACAUAAGGAAACCAGCUGUGGACUUCACGACUGAAGAAUUUUCUCUUCUGAUGGCUACGAAUUUUGAGUCCAUGUUCCAUAUGUGCCAACUUGCUCAUCCAUUGCUAAAGGCAUCGGGGCUGGGUAGUGUUGUCUUCACGUCCUCUGUUUCUGGGUUCGUUUCUUUGAAAUCCAUGUCUGUUCAUGGGGCAACGAAAGGGGCUAUUAAUCAACUUACCAAAAGUCUGGCUUGUGAGUGGGCUGUAGACAACAUAAGGAGCAAUGCUGUUGCACCUUGGUACAUCAAAACUUCUAUGGUGGAGCAAGUGCUCAGCAAUAAGGAUUAUCUGGAAGAGGUGUACUCUUGUACACCACUCCGUCGCCUGGGAGAUCCAAAGGACGUGUCAUCUCUGGUGGCAUUUCUUUGCUUGCCUGCAUCGUCAUACAUUACCGGCCAGAUUAUUUGCGUGGACGGGGGGAUGUCUGUGAACGGAUUCUACCCAAGACACGAGUAGAUCCAAAGAGUUCACAUGUCGUGCUGUGUGACAGUUAUCGUCCUCUGUCUCAGUUACUCCUCUUUUUUAACGUGUGCGCUUACUCCACCCACCAAAAACUUACAAUCCUUUGUUUAGAAGUGAUCUGAUGAGCUUCAUUAGUCUUAGAGCCAAGCUUGAGGUUUUGCCUAUGAUAGAUCGUUGAUUCAAUUGCC